AUGACAACUCAGUACUCGGGUAAUGGUAGCUCCUUGCCCGAUGAGUUCGACAUCAUCGUGGCGGGAGGUGGGAGCUGCGGCUGCGUAGUGGCCGGCCGUUUGGCAAAUCUGGACCACAACCUCAAGGUUCUGUUGAUUGAGGCCGGUGAAAGCAACCUCAAUAACCCUUGGGUCUUUCGGCCGGGUAUCUACCCACGGAAUAUGAAACUCGAUUCCAAGACCGCGUCGUUCUAUGAGUCACGUCCGUCUAAGUGGCUGGCUGGUCGAAAAGCCGUGGUGCCUUGCGCACACAUCCUGGGUGGUGGAUCAUCUAUCAACUUUAUGAUGUACACACGUGCUUCAGCCUCGGACUACGAUGACUUCCAGGCCAAGGGAUGGACAACCAAAGAGCUACUGCCUCUCAUGAAGAAACACGAGACAUAUCAAAGGGCCUGCCAAAAUCGUGAUAUUCAUGGCUUUGAGGGUCCCAUCAAGGUGUCUUUCGGUAACUACACCUAUCCAAUCAAAGACGACUUUCUUCGGGCUGCAGAGUCACAGGGCAUCCCCGUUGUGGACGAUCUUCAGGAUCUGGUGACUGCGCAUGGAGCUGAGCAUUGGCUUAAGUGGAUCAACCGAGACACUGGGCGACGAAGUGACAGCGCUCAUGCUUACAUUCAUGCCACUCGAGCUGCUCAUUCGAACCUUUAUCUAGCCUGCAACACAAAGGUUGACAAGGUGAUCAUUGAGAAUGGGAGGGCAGUUGGAGUGCAGACUGUUCCGACCAAGCCGCUGGGAACCGGUCAGCCUCGAACCCGCAUAUUCCGAGCACGCAAGCAGAUCGUGGUAUCUGGCGGGACGCUCUCGUCUCCUUUGAUCCUUCAACGUUCUGGCAUCGGCGACCCUGAGAAGUUGAAGAAAGCGGGAGUCAAUUGCCUAGUCAACCUUCCUGGAGUUGGGCUCAACUUUCAAGACCACUACUUGACCUUUUCGGUCUUUCGGGCCAAGCCUGAUGUCGAAACUUUCGAUGACUUUAUCCGGGGCGAACCCGAAGUGCAAAGGCGCGUGUUCGAUGAGUGGCAUUUGAAGGGAACCGGCCCUCUUUCCACCAACGGCAUCGAGGCAGGCGUCAAGAUCCGCCCUACAGAGCAGGAGUUGAAGGAGUUCGAGAGCUGGCCGACUCCUCACUUCAAGGAUGGCUGGAAGAGCUAUUUCAAGGACAAGCCAGACAAGCCGGUGAUGCACUACAGCGUCAUAUCAGGCUGGUUUGGUGACCAUAUGUUGAUGCCACCCGGAAAAUUUUUCACCAUGUUCCAUUUCUUGGAAUAUCCUUUCUCCAGAGGCAGCACUCAUAUCAAGAGCGCUGAUCCAUACGAGAGCCCAGAUUUUGACUGCGGCUUCAUGAACGAUGAGCGUGACAUGGUACCAAUGGUAUGGGGAUACAUCAAGUCGAGGGAGACGGCAAGGAGGAUGGAUGCAUAUGCGGGAGAGGUGGAGACCAUGCACCCUUUCUUCGACUACGACUCCCCUGCGAGAGCUCAUGACAUGGACCUGGCCACGACCAAGUCCUACGCCCUUCCCGGUAACUUGUCUGCUGGCAUUACCCAUGGCAGCUGGUCUUCUUACUUGCCGGCGCCUGACAAAAAGGCUGGCUUCAGCGUGUUAUCUUCCAACAGGGUCGAUACACGUGAGGAACUCAAGUACAGCGCGAGCGACAUCAAGGCCAUCGAAGAGUGGGUGAAGCGUCAUGUGGAGAGCACCUGGCACAGCCUGGGAACCUGCUCCAUGGCCCCCAGGGAGGGUAACAGUAUCGUAAAGCACGGAGUGCUGGAUGAACGGCUGAAUGUGCACGGGGUCAAGGGACUCAAGGUCGCAGAUCUUAGCAUCUGUCCCGAUAACGUGGGCUGUAACACAUACUCCACGGCGCUCCUUAUUGGCGAAAAGGCUGCGAUGCUGGUAGCUGAGGAUCUAGGAUAUUCUGGCGAGGCGCUGGAGAUGAAGGUUCCUACGUAUCAUGCACCUGGUGAGCUGGCGUUGCAAUACCGUCUUUGAACAAAAAGUAUUGUUGC